AUGAAUCCUAACCCGGCGGGAUACGCCGCCAUGCAGCAGCACCACCACCAACAGCAGCAGCAACAACAACAACAUCUUCAUCAACAGCAACAGCAGCAGCAGCAUCAGAUGGCCGCCGCUGCUGCCGGCUAUCCGAUGCACACUGGCAGCCCCGCGAAUCAGCAGUUCCCCUUCUACGCCAACAACAACCCCAUGGCCGCCGCCUAUCCUCAGAUGCGACCCGGCUCAGUGCAACAGCAGAUGCACGCCUUUAACGGGCUGCCCACCCAGACUACUGGAGGUAUGAUGCCUGCCAAUAUGUCCGCUCCCCACGCCAACCUGCCUUAUUCUUCCCCCUCGCCAUACCCUCCGACCUCAAUUGCGACUUCUACGCCCUCGCCCUCGCACGCUCAGAGCCCCUCGACAGCGCCCACCACUUCCGCGCAAGCGUCGACGCAGAAUAUGGCUGCCUUUUCGAAUCCAGCCAUGAUGGCUGCCCAGCAACGCCCUAGCCCUACCAUGCAAACAGAAGGACAACAGCAACCGCAGCAAAGUGCCCCCCAGUCUCCCGCCGCAGCCGCCGCAGCCGGUCGCGAGCGAGAUCGCAUUGGCGCGCUGCUCAACAUCAACUCGGCUCUCUUCCGGGAAGUGGUGAACUUGCAGGCCGCAGGCAAGGCUGGUCCUCCUCCACAACCGCAGGGGCAAGAUCAGGCUGGCUCGCCUGCUUCCAAACCGGCGGCGAGCGACCCGUCCAAGAAGCCGAGCCAGGAAUAUGUCGACUGCAUGCGCCGGCUCCAGGCCAAUCUAGCCUACCUGGCCACCAUCGCCGACCGCAGCAAGAAGCCUGGCAACGUGGUGCCUCCGGGACCCCAGAUCCUCACGCCGCCGCCAAACGUGCCUGGCAUGGAGGAACUAUAUGCCAGGCUCAAUGAGCUUUUCCCGGAAGCCAGCCGACACGCAGCACAACAGAAAGCUGGGCAGGCUGGUCUGCCAGCCGAGAAUGCGGUGUGA